AUGGUCCGUAUCGCCGGUGCGUCACUGGCGUCUUUGGCCUUGACAGCGGCUACAGUCGCAGUCACAGGCGCUUCUGCGAAAACCAGUCUCUACCUCUCUCCUGCCCACAACCUCGCCGCUGCUCCCAUCAGCGUCAAUGCAGAUGAGGCGCACCGCAUUCUUUCGCACCACAUUGAUAUUGGCGAUGCUUCAGAAUUGGACGACUCGGCGACAUGGGCACAUGUGCUGCGCAGCAACAAGCACGGUGACGUGCAGAUCGAUCAGCGCACUAUGGUCGAGCGCCUGUUUGACGGUCAUCAGGAUGAGCAGAAUCGUUUGCUGGUACUCAUGCAUGGAUCUGCGUAUGAGGAUGUGAUCCCGAACGGAGUCCAUGCCACGCACAGCAUCGACAGUGCGCCCAGCUCCAGUUCUUUCGAUGCUCUGUUUGACAGCUACAUGUCCAGUGCUUCGCGAGCGCUCAAGGCGUCCGAGUCGACGCUCUCGCACCUCACCGGAAGCUUCCUGGACGGCUUCAGCGCCAGCCUUGAGUGGUUGACCUCAAAGUCUGAUAAGGUCACAGCGACAUGGUCUCAACAGGUAGCUUCAUUCAAGUCGUCAACAUUCGACAAGCUCGAGGACGAGCUGCGAUCGGCCGAAGCAUUGCUUGCCAAGUUGAAGACGAGCAAGCCCGAGUCGGCAACGCAGGACCUGACAUUGCAGCCUUUGCGCUUCUCUGGUCUCCGGAAUGUGGAGAUUACCUACGGUACCGACAGUGCCGAGUAUCUGAAGGCCAAGGAGCUGGUCCGCGCUGCUGUCGAGCAAGUUACCUCGCUCUUCCAGACUCGAUCUGAGGAGCAAGGCCGUGCAGCCUCGAUUGCGUUUGUCGUCACCGAUACCGUCGACAGUGAUGCUUCCCGCCUACUCGUCAAGCGGUCGUCGGAUGUACUGCAUCCCUUCCUCGAACGCCCCUCUGAGCUCUCAUAUGACGCCGCCGUCCGCCAAGACGCUUUCGUCUCCGAGAAGCCCUCCUCGCGUCCAUCGCCUCUGCCCAAGAACCUCGCAGGCACCUGCUUCACGUCGCAGUCUUCGCUCGAAACGGCCACCAACAACUGCUCGGGCCACGGCAAGGCUGUCAAGACGAACAAGGGCGGAAAGCCUUGCUACCGCUGCCAGUGCAAGCCUACCGAGCAGCGCAAGGGCAAAAAGACCUAUUGGGCAGGUGCAGCGUGUGAGAAGAAGGAUGUCAGCACCGAGUUUGUGCUGCUCGCUUCGAGCGUGCUGUUGCUCGGGCUGAUCGCGCUGGGAAGUGUUUACUUCUUGUACGCACAAGGCUCAAGUGACCUGCCUGGUACUCUCGCUAGUGUGACCAUCAACCUCAAGUAG